GUAAACGGCAUGGCAGCCGCUGUGCCAGCGGGCAGCUUGCCGGCAAUCGCCGACACAUUUGGGGACUUGCUUCAGGCCAACCCCGCUCAGGCCGUGGCAGCUGCAAGCCACUGCGUUGCCUACCUGCUGCCACGUCAACUUGGCAACACGAUUUCAGGCAGCGGAGGAGAGGCAGGCAUAGCAGCCGGAGAGGCAGAUGUGGCGGCAGCAUUCAACAACGCCAUGGCAGCAUGCAAGUACGAGUGGGGAGUUGCGGCGGCGCUGGACGGCGCCACAAGCCUCGACGCCGCACCCUUCCAGUGCGCAACGAUCCGGGACUGGGAUGACAUAAGUGUGUUGAACGCUGCCUUCAUGGCAGCCUCCGCAGCUUGGCACCGCAGGCUAGGCACCCGCCUCUCGGAUGCGGACAGAUCAGCAACAGAACGGCAACUGCAGUGCCUGACUGUGUGCUAUUUGGAGGCUCUGACGGCGCGGCCAGGCUGGCCAGGCGACCCUGAUGGCAGCGACGCGGCCCUGACCUUCGCAGCGCUCAACUUCAUGUUUUUCACCCCCACGUGUGCCGACCUCCUGUUGGCCAACCAUGCCGGCCCUGUGGCAAUGCUACAGGCCAUGGAGGGCAUUCUGCGCAGUCGGCCUUGCAGCGAGUCGCAGCACGGCGUCGUGACAUUUUCCUGGGUGCUGCAGCUGCCCGGCGAGCUGCCACACCUGGCGCCCCUGCUCCUGCGGCAGCGUGCGUUGAUGCGCCUGCUGUGCCAGCUGGCGUCCAAGCCGCCAGCAGAGAUCGACAGCUCCUUCCCCACCAGUGAUGUCGCACCGCACCAGACCAGCCAGAUGCUGCUGCACCUGUUCAGGCGGGUGGCAGCCUAUGUGAAGGGGAGCGGCGGCAGCGGCGGGGGCGGCACCAGCCUGCACCCUGAACCGCAGCAGGCAGGGGCCGAGCCGCCAGCCGUGCUUGCCCUGCAGCAGUGCGAGCCUGCAAGCUUGGGGCUGGCUGAUCUGGCAGGCCUGCUGCAGGCCUACGUCGACAGCCAGCCCAGCAGCGCCAGCCUGCCCCUGCCGGCAGCCCCCAUGACGCCUGAGGUUGCGGUGCAGCGAGCCCGAGCCCUGGCCCUGCGCAGCUGCGCCAACCCGCGGUGCACCGACCUGUCUGGUCCCAGCGAGGCGGCGCUGCGGGGGCGGCGCUGCGGCGGGUGCGGCGUGGUGCGCUACUGCAGGCACCCGGCAGACAAAAUGGCGCCUAGCAGCAAGGAGGCGGCCAUCGGGAUCGACCUGGGCACAUGCUUCAGCUGCGUGGGCGUGUGGCGGGACGGCGGGGUGCAGAUCAUCGAGAACGACAGCGGCAGCCGCACCACCCCCUCCAUGGUGGCGUUCACCGAUGAGGAGCGGCUGGUGGGGGAGGCGGCCCGCAACCAGGCCGCCCAGAACCCUGUCAACACCGUGUUUGACGCCAAGCGCCUCAUCGGCAUGCGCUUCUCGGACCCCUCGGUGCAAGGCGACAUCGAGCACUUCCCUUUCAAGGUGGUCAAGGCCGACGGAGACAAGCCGUCCAUCCAAGUGAUGUACCGCGGGGCCACCAAGACCAUGGCACCUGAGGAGGUCUCCGCCCUGGUGCUUUCCAAGAUGCGGGACAUCGCCGCCGCCAAGCUGGGCACGCCCGUCACCAAGGCAGUCAUCACAGUGCCAGCAUACUUCACUGAUGCGCAGCGCCAGGCCACCAAGGAUGCGGGCGCCAUUGCUGGGCUGGAGGUGCUGCGCAUCAUCAACGAGCCCACCGCCGCCGCCAUCGCAUAUGGUCUGGACAAGGCGGCGCAGGACGAUGAGGGGCGCAACGUGCUGAUUUUCGACCUGGGCGGCGGCACCUUUGACGUGUCGCUGCUCACGAUUGAGGACGGCAUCUUCGAGGUCAAGGCCACGGCGGGCGACACUCACCUGGGCGGAUCCGACUUCGACUCCCGCCUCGUGUCACACUUUGCUGACGAGUUCAAGUGCAAGACGGGGAUGGACCUGACCGGCAGCGCGCGCGCGCUGCGCCGCCUGCGCACCGCGUGCGAGAGGGCCAAGUGCACGCUGUCGGCCUCGGUGACGGCGGCGGUGGAGCUGGACCACCUGUUUGAGGGCAACGACUUCUUCUCCUCCAUCUCCCGCGCCCGCUUCGAGGAGCUGUGCCAGGACCUGUUCAACAAGUGCAUGGAGCCGGUGGUCAAGAUCACCGUGUACGAGGGGGAGCGGGCCAAGGUGGAGGACAACUCGCCGCUGGGCACAUUCGACCUGACGGGCAUCCCGCCCGCGCCGCGCGGCAUCCCGAAGAUCAAGGUCUCCUUCUCCAUAGACGCCAACGGCAUCCUGAACGUCAGCGCCAAGGACACUGGGUCAGGCAAGGUCAGCCAGAUCACCAUCACCGAGACCGGCAGGCUCAGCGCCGACGAGCUGGAGCGGCUGGUGCAGGAUGCGGAGCGGCACAGGGCUGAGGACGAGGAGGUGAAGGAGAAGGCGGAGGCGCGCAGCUCGCUGGAGAACUUCCUGUAUGGGGUCAAGCACUCGCUGGCGGACCAGAGCAUCAAGUCCAAGCUGAGCCCCGACGACAUCCAGAGGGCGGACGACGAGGUGGAGAGCGCGCUGCGCUGGAUCGCCACCAACCAGGCAAGGCCCGCCCACCAGCCCGGUGGCGGCAGGCUGCUGGAUGCUGAGCGGUACGAGGAGAAGAAGAAAGAGGUGGAGGCGGUCACUGCCCCCAUUUUCUCUGGCCUGUACGGCGAGGGAGGCGGCGGCGCGGGCGCGGGCGCUGGCGCGGGCGCUGGCGCGGGCAUGGGAGGCAUGGGAGGCAUGGGAGGCAUGGGCGGAAUGGGUGGCAUGGGCGGAAUGGGGGCCAUGGGGGGUAUGGGCGCAAUGGGCGGCAUGGGAGGGGCCUAUAAAUUUGACGACAUGGGUGGCAGCAGCGACGACGACGACGUGCCGCCGCUGGUGCCACCCGAGGAAGGCGGGUACGGCGGCGGCGGCGGCUUUGGUGGCGCGGGCGUGCCCUACACGCCGGCCGGCGCCGCGGGAGGGGCUGCCUAUGACAGCGACGAUGACGAUGACGGGCCUCCUGCGCUGGAGGAGGUGCAGGACGCCGCACCAGGCGGGUACGGCGCCGGCGGCUUUGGCGCAGGAGCAGGCGGCUUUGGCACCGGGGCCGGCAAGUUUGGCGGAGCGGGCGGCGUGGGCGGGUUUGGCAAGCCGGCGGCGGCUGCGUUUGAUGCUGGGGACGACUCAGACGAUGAUGAGCCUCCAGGCCUGGAUUGA